UUUCUUCAAAGAGGGAGUCGUUCAUUUCGAUUGGAAAACUUACAAGCGAAGUAGUCGAGCAAAGGUUGUCGAGUCAGUUCUCUCAAAAAAUCAGUAACUUUUUCAGAGACGCAAACAUCCACCAAAAUUAAGAUGAGUGAUCUUUUGGAACCCAAAACCAGCGACCAGCCCCCGGCCGAGAAUCCGGAGAAUCCAGAGAAUGCUCUGGAGAGUGCUCCCGUUGUCCAGAAGGUAAAGAAACCGAAGCCGAACAACAAGAAGCUGCGCCAGGCGGCCGCCGAGGCCGAGGCGAAGGCCAACCAGGAACGCGCCUUGAAGGAGGGACCGGCGGCCCAAGAUGGAGGCUCCAACUUUCGGGAUUCGCUGAAGCGCAACCAAAAAUUGGUGGUUCCCAAGCGGAGUGUCUGGGACCUGUUCAUCGAAGGCAAAGUGCCCGAGGGAGAGAUCCAGCAGUAUGCCAAGUCCACGGACGACACCACGGCCGUCGACAGGUUCACCUCGGAGGAGAAGCGUCUACUCGACCGCGAGCAGGAGGCGGUGUACCAGCAACUCCGUUUGGCGGCGGAGGCUCAUCGCCAGACCCGCAAAUACAUGCAGGGCUACAUCAAGCCGGGCAUGACCAUGAUCCACAUCUGCGAGACGCUGGAGGAGACGGCACGCCGCCUCAUCGGUGACAAAGGCCUGACCGCGGGUUUGGCCUUCCCCACGGGCUGUUCCCUCAACAACUGUGCCGCCCACUACACUCCGAACAGUGGCGACACCACCGUCUUGGGGGCCGACGAUGUCUGCAAAAUCGACUUCGGCACCCAUGUCCAGGGCAGGAUUAUCGACUGCGCCUUUACUCUGACCUUCAACCCGAAGUACGAUCCCCUGGUGGAGGCUGUGCGUGCGGCCACCAACGCCGGCAUUAAAGCGGCUGGUAUCGAUGUCCGUCUCAGCGAAAUCGGUUCCGCCGUCCAGGAGGUUAUGGAGUCGUACGAGAUCGAGCUAAACGGCAAGGUCUAUCCCAUAAAGAGCAUUCGCAACCUGAACGGCCACUUGGUGGCCCAGUAUCGCAUACAUGCUGGCAAAACUGUGUCCAAUGUGGCCAGCACCAUUUCCGGUGACGGAUACAACGCCAUUCGCAUGGAGGAGGGCGAGUUCUAUGCCAUCGAGACCUUUGGCUCCACCGGACGCGGCGUUGUCCAGAAGAACGGGGAGUGCUCACACUAUAUGCGCGCCUGGAGCCCGCCGCUCACCCAGCUCCGGUUGCAGUCCUCCCGUCAGCUGCUCAACUGCAUAAACCGGAACUUUGGCACUUUGGCCUUCUGCCGGCGUUGGCUGGAACGCUAUGGUGCCUCCAAGUACCAAAUGGCCCUCAAGGACCUGUGCGAUAAGUCCGUGGUCAAGGCUUAUCCGCCGCUGUGCGACAUCAAAGGAAGUUACACGGCCCAGUUCGAGCACACGAUCCUGCUGCGUCCCACCUGCAAGGAGGUGGUUUCACGCGGCGAUGACUACUAG